GAUGUGGCUCCACCGGGAAUCUCUUAUCUGAACUCUUCCGACUUUUUUCCCCCCGCUCACUGAACCACCUCCUCUUUCCUCUCUUCCCUUUGUGAAAGGUUAUCCGGGAAGGUAAAAGAAGACGACCAAAGUUAUUAGCUCUUCAAACCGCCCCGGCUUGUACCGGGCAGUUGUCGUCAUCAGCACCCCAGAUUUCCCCCUCGGCUCUCUAAAUGGAUGAGGCAGACUCGGUCUCUGCAGUUCAGCACGGGCCAAAAGAUUGGAAACAAGUUCGGAGUUGAGAGGGAAGAAAUGCCUACCAGCUGGCCCGCAGGAGUUUGACUCUGACGGCUUUGUGCUCCAGCAGCUUCUCUUCCCAGCUCCUCACAGACGCGCUCGCUAUGGAUUGUAUCUAUUUAUUCAUAUGCCUCUCGCUCUGUCACGCGUUUGUGGAUCAUAUUUUUGCUGCAGAAAGCCAUGAAAAACUCUCUGGAAAAUUAAGUGAAUAUGGUCUUAUCGUGCCAUUCAGCACAGACUCCCAUGGCCGGUACAUUUCUCACGUGGUGUCCUCGGGAAGCGGAAGUGAGGGUGCAGACGUUGGUGGUGGCGCCCGGGCUUUCGCCGGCAAGAGAAGGGUUCCUCGGGAUGCCCCGGAGAUCCCCGUGGUCAAACCUUCUGCCAAUCAGCACUUGUUUUUCAACGUCACUGUAUUUGGGAAAGAACUGCACCUCCGCCUCAGGGCCAACCGGAGGCUGGUGGCACCAGGAGCCUUGGUGGAAUGGCAGGAGGACUUUCAGGAGAAGGCCAAGGAGCGUAUUCACAGGAACUGUGUUUUCACUGGGGAUGUGAGCGACAUGCCAGAAGCUACGGUGGCGAUCAGCAACUGUGACGGCCUGGCAGGUCUAAUCCGAACUGAUAAUGGGGAGUAUUUCAUUGAGCCACUGGAAAAGGGCAAACAGGACGUGGAAAUGAAGGGACGUGUCCACGUGGUUUACCGCAGGUCGGCCAUCAAGCGGGAGUCGGGGUUGCACAGGGAGGACCACCACAAUGAAGUGACUGACUUUGGGAUCGCGGAUCUGCCAGUGACUCUGGAUCUUGUCAACCAUAAACUUUCCGAGACGGAGCGCAAGCGGCGGCACACCAAGACAGACGACUAUAACAUUGAAGUGCUUCUGGCUGUGGAUGAUUCUGUGGUGCGUUUCCAUGGCAAAGAGCACGUGCAGAACUAUGUUCUCACCCUUAUGAACAUAGUUGAUGAAAUCUACCACGAUGAAUCUUUGGGAACCAGCAUCAACAUCGUCCUUGUCAGAAUGAUUAUGGUCGGGUAUCGACAGUCGAUCAGCCUGAUCGAGCGUGGUAACCCAUCCCGCAGCCUGGAGCAGGUGUGCCGGUGGGCUAACACGCAGCAGCGUCGUGACCCCGACCAUGCCGAGUACCACGACCACGCCAUCUUCCUCACAAGGCAAGAUUUUGGUCCCGCAGGUAUGCAAGGUUACGCUCCAGUGACUGGAAUGUGCCAUCCACUGCGGAGCUGCACUCUCAACCAUGAAGACGGCUUCUCGUCUGCCUUCGUGGUAGCUCAUGAAACCGGUCAUGUGUUGGGGAUGGAACACGACGGUCAAGGGAACCGAUGUGCUGACGAGACCAGCAUGGGCAGCAUCAUGGCACCACUUGUCCAGGCCGCUUUCCAUCGCUAUCACUGGUCACGUUGCAGCAAGCAGGAGCUCAAUCGAUACAUACACUCUUACGACUGUUUGUUGGAUGAUCCCUUUGAACACAAGUGGCCCAAACUCACAGAGCUGCCCGGAAUAAAUUACUCCAUGGAUGAGCAGUGCCGCUUUGAUUUUGGAGUGGGCUAUAAAAUGUGCACUGCAUUCCGUACAUAUGACCCCUGCAAACAACUGUGGUGCAGUCACCCUGACAACCAGUACUUCUGCAAAACUAAGAAAGGUCCUCCGGUGGAUGGCACAGAGUGUGCACCCGGGAAGUGGUGCUUCAAGGGUCACUGCAUUUGGAGAUCCAGCCUACAGCCUCAGGGCCAUGACGGAAGUUGGGGUGCAUGGUCAAAGUUCGGCUCGUGCUCCAGAACAUGUGGUGGCGGUGUUCGGUCUCGCAAUAGACAUUGCAACAAUCCCCCACCGGCUUACGGAGGUCGAGAUUGUCCCGGUUCGGCCUUUGAUUACCAGAUGUGCAACACCGAGGAGUGUGCCGGCCCUUAUGAGGACUUCCGUGCUCAACAGUGUGUCCAGAGAAGCAACAAAUACCACAACAACAUGAAGCACACUUGGCUACCGUACGAGCACCCAGAUGAGAGCCACAAAUGCGAGCUGAGCUGUCGAUCCAAAGAGACCGGAGAGGUGGUUUUUAUGAACCAAGUGUUGCACGACGGCGCUCGCUGCAGCUACUCCGACCCUUUCAGUGUGUGUGCACGAGGAGAGUGCCUGCAUGUGGGCUGCGACAAGGAGGUCGGCUCAUACAAACAGGAGGACAAAUGUGGAGUAUGUGAGGGCGACAACUCCCACUGUCGCACUGUGAAGCUGACCCUCACAAAGACUCCCAAAAAAAACGGUAACAGUUGUAACAGUUUAUUUCAUCUCACUCUGUUCACUGCAGCCUGUUUCACAAUUUAUUGGUUUUCUUUGCCUAAGGAUAGUAAAAUCUCCCGCUGUGUCUCUGUCCUGUCAGGAAUGCUGAAAAUGUUCGACAUCCCCAUAGGAGCACGUCACAUUGUAAUAGAAGAGAAUGAGACAUCCCCACAUAUUAUUGCUGUGAAGAAUCAGGUAACUGGAAACUUCAUCCUCAAUGCAAAGAGUGAGGAGGCUGAGGCCAAGACCUUCAUCGAGAGCGGUUUGCAGUGGGAGUAUAGCGUGGAUGACGGCAAGGAGACUCUCAAGACUUCUGGUCCACUGCACGAAGGAAUUAUAGUGCUGAUCAUUCCCCAGGAAGAGGACGCCAAGAUCAGCUUGACGUACAAGUACAUCAUCCACGAAGACCUGCUGCCCCUCAUCACCAAUAACAACGUGUUGUUGGCCGAGCUGGACACUUAUGAGUGGGCGUUGAAAAGCUGGUCACAGUGCUCCAAACCCUGCGGCGGAGGAAUUCAGUACACCAAAUACGGGUGCAGGAGGAAGAGCGACAGCCGUUUGGUUCAUCGCAAUUUCUGUGAAACCAGCAAGAAGCCCAAGCCCAUCCGAAAACGUUGCAAUGUCCAGGAGUGCAGUCAGCCAGUGUGGGUGGUGGAAGAGUGGACUCCAUGCAGUAAGACGUGUGGCACAUUGGGCUUCCAGACUCGGCUGGUCCAGUGCAUGCAGGCUCUCCACAACGGCACCAACAGACCUGUCCACAGCAAACACUGCAUUGAGGACCGACCUGAGCCCAGACGGGCCUGUAACCAAACCUCAUGCCCUGCACAGUGGAGGACUGGAGCCUGGUCUCAGUGCUCAGUGACCUGCGGACAAGGCAUCCAGCAGAGGCAGGUGGUCUGCAAAACCAGCGACAAUGCGGUGGGAGAAUGCGACGGCGAGAAGCCAGAGACCAUCAUCAUUUGCAUGUUGGCUCAGUGUCAGGGAGAGCCAGUGUCUCUGGGCAACGCCACCAUGGCCGACACGCUGGGUCACCAAAGGGUAUCAGAGAAUCCUGUUAUCAGGCUGUCAUCAAAUGAGCCGUGUCUAGGUGACAAAUCCAUUUUCUGUCAAAUGGAGGUUCUGGCCCGUUAUUGUUCCAUCCCCGGAUACAACAAGCUUUGCUGCGAGUCCUGUAACAAGAAGGAGAGCCAGGUCACUCAGCACCCUGACCUCUAUGUGACCCCAGCUACGGAGCACCAGACCUUCACUUCUGCUGUCUUCUCCACCAGCAGCAGCAGCAGCACACGGCUCCCAGUGCAAACCACUAAAGCCAACAGCAGACAACCUCGGCUCACCACACAACCUCCGACUAGCGCUGGUGUCACAGCGUCUACAGGAUCCUCCACCUCGUACCCUGGGCCGGCUCUACCUCCAAUACCUCCACGGCCAACCGCUGACACGGCCACAGAAAACAGGGCAAACAGCACUUUAAAACCUGUCAAAACAAAAAGGGAUCAUUCAGGAUCCGAGAGCGACUCUGUUCACAGAAAGUCCACUCAGAAAUGAUGAACAUCCGACAUUGUCUCACUUCUUCUUUUUUUUUUUUGAUAAAGUUUGUUAACUGAUCGGACUAAAGAUGGUUACCUCAUCAAAACUGCGGAAACUAAAAAAACAAAGGUGCUGUAAACACGUCGCGUUCUAAAUGUGAGGACUGCAUCCAUGAAGGUCUGUGUUUCAUUUGUUUAUUUAAUAUUCCAAUAUUUGUUGUUGUUUUUUCUAAGCAAACAAGACACGUUUUAGAGGACGGAACACUUCAUGACUGUUCCCAUAAUCAAUGAGCUACAAACCAUGUUGGAGUUUGGAGAGAGAUUUAUUGUGUUUUCCUCAUGUGGCACUUGGGUGAAAGAUGUCAGAAGAGGUCCAAUUUCUGUAAGAAUAUUUCAUGAACCAAUGUUUCACAGACCUUAUUCCUACUCUGUGUACAGCUGUUUUUGUGUUCCAAGUGCAUUAGAACUACUAUUGAACUGGUGUUGUGAACAUGUCAGAAGAACUUGAGCAGUCUGGGGUCUUUGUGAGUCAAAGAUUCAAAUCAUGAGCCACAUAUUUUCACCUAUAACCGCUGAACAAUUCAUUCAUGUUAGAGAGCAAUAGUUAUUAUUUUAAUUUUCUUAACAGGGUGUCAGAAUUUAUAUUUAUUAUUCCAAAUAACAAGACACUAUGUGAUAUUUACAUUUUUUUUGAAGAAAAAAAAAAACUAAUUUAAUAAGCCAUAAAGGGGUUUAUGAUUGGCAGCUUUCCGAAUUUUAUUUAAAAUACAUUGAGAAUUAUACAUGAAUUCAGAUGAAAAGUGGUGUGCUUAUGUAUAGCUCAUAAAUGAAUAAAUAAAGGUAAGAAAUGAACUCAUUUCGAUGUAUAAAUUCCACAGAAACUUCCAUCAUUCAGUCUCUGCAGCCUCACACUCCAGACUCGCCCCCACUGACUGGAGGCGCCAUGCUUCUCCGGUGCUUCUCUUGUUUUCCAAAAACCAUUGUUGAUAAAGAUUGAUAAGGACAGGAAAUGCGUGGUGCUCUUGGUGGAUUGUGAAGUUUCAGCUUUGGCUCCAGCAACAAAAAGUCCUCACCUGUGACUUCCAGGAAACAGUUGUAAAGACACGUCCUAAUUUUGCUUUCUGAUGCAAAUGUAAAUAGUGUACAUUUCACAUUAGGAUAAGAAAAUUGGAAAACUAAGGAGGUGAAAGACCAUUUCUCCAUUGCAGUUCAAGACAUCAUGUGUAUUGUAUAGUUGUGUAUAUACGUGUGUUUAUGCGUGUGUGAAUGGAAGCUUUAAAUGUUAAUAUUUAUUGAGUUUUUAAGUGGU